CUUCAAAGUCACGAAUUAAUAAAAAAGAAAUUCCUCGUCUCCUCUAUCCAUUAAGAAAGACAAUCAUUCUAGACAUGAUGAAGCUGCUGGGCACAUGAAACAGAUAGGACCAAUGACGCAGCAAGCCUCCACCGCGGCGGCUCAAAACAGGCCUUCAAGACUACACCCAAAAAGUAUCCCCGAUUUACCUCGCACCUUUCAGCUCGAAGCUCGAAAUCAUGGCUACCCCCGGACUAGCUACCGAUCGCAUUUCACCUAGCACAGCAUCUUACAUCCUGGCGACUGCCAUUCUUGCCGGCGUUACUGGCUAUUUCAUCGGACAAGGUAGCUCUCUCGGUCUCUUCUCUUCCGCACCGGCACAGCAACGACGAUCGAAACAGGGAGUCAAAGAUGACGACGAUGAAUCAGAUUUCGAGGACGAUGAGGAUGAGUACGACGCUGGAGAGUUAGCGACGUUUGAAGGGAAUCGCGAUGAAGUGAAGCUUGUGCUGGUAGUCCGGACGGAUUUGGGCAUGGGUAAAGGAAAAAUCGCUGCUCAAUGCUCGCAUGCCACUCUCGCCUGCUAUAAAUACUACGUCGCUAAAUCCGCCGACUCGCCAAUACUGAAGCGCUGGGAACGCGGUGGACAAGCGAAGGUUGCUCUGCAGGUUAAAACAGAGGAAGACAUGCUUCUAUUACAAGCGCAAGCUAUCAGCUUGGGUCUCUGCGCUCGCGUGAUCCAUGACGCAGGCCGAACACAGAUUGCCAGUGGGAGCAGGACAGUUCUAGGUAUUCUAGGACCGAAGAGUAUAGUUGAUCAGGUCACAGGUCAUCUCAAACUGUUCCAGGACCCAGCAGCGUACGUUCCAGCUAUCACCAUGGCGGACGCUAUUUCUAUCGAGCAGAACAACAAGAUUCGGGUGGCCCUUGAGCCUGGGCCAGUCUUCAAAGAGUCGAAAGAGUCCUCCACCCUAGAGUCUCGCGAAGCCCAAGGCUUUCAGAACUGGCAGAAACUACAAGAUGACGCCGAGACGAAGCGCAAACGAGAAGAAAAGAACGCCGCGAUUAAGAGAGCACGAGACCUAGCGCGCCGAGAUGCAGUGCUGCAAGGAAAAGGCCUUGGAGAAACCGAUGUGGGUGACCUUGAUACAAUGGCCUGGUUGUCUCAACACAAGAAGUUAUCCAAAAAGAUCGAAAAGGAGAGAGCCCGCAAGCUCGCCGAGGAACUUGCAGAGAGAGAACGGGCUGUCGAGUAUACUGCUACAGAUCUCGCUGGCGUCAAAGUCGCCCACGAGCUUGGUGAUUUUGAUGGAACCGAGGAUCAUGUCCUGACUCUCAAAGAUGCUACCAUCGAUGAGUACGAAGAGGAGGGAGAUGAGCUGGAAAAUCUGGAUUUAGUUGACAAAGACAAACUGAAGGAGAGAUUGGAGCUCAAGAAGAAGCGAACGGCCUAUGAUCCUGUUGAAGCUGACGGCACGGGAAAUAUCUUGGCACAAUAUGAUGAGGAGAUUGAUGGGAAGAAACGGAAACAUUUCACUCUUGACGCUAAAGGGUCUACGGUCGAAGAACGUGAGGCUAAGCGACAGCACGUCUCCGAUAUGUUGAAGAAGCAGGCUAUAAAUCUCGACAUAGUCGCCGAUACGCCGACAUCAGACUAUAUGGACAUUAGUGAGGUUAAAGUGAAAAAACCAAAAAAGAAGAAAACCAAGACCAGACAGAAAGCACUCGACGAGGACGAUAUUUUUCCUUUGCCCGAUGCUACCACUGGCUCAAAUGAAGACCAAAUGCAAACAGAAGCACAAAAUGCCGGAGGAGGAAUCAAUAAUACUAAGCUGAAGAAGACUCACGACACGUCUUUUGUUGACGAUGAAGAUCUGCAAGCCUCACUUGCUAUGCAGAGGCGCGCAGCAUUCAAAAAGCGCAAGAAGCUUCGUCCGGAAGAUCUCGCACGCCAGUUGAAGGAAGAAGAUUCACAAACGCCAAUGGAAACUGAUAAUGGCGAUGGUGCCGAAGAGGGGCCCGGCCUAGUUAUCGAUGAGACUUCCGAGUUUGUAUCAAAUUUACAACGACCGGUACUCUCCGAGCGUCCAGAAAGACGACCAGCUGCUCCUGCUGAAGAUGACGAAGCCAAAGAAGAAUCUCCAGAUAUAAAUCCUGAGGAUGUCGAUAUGGAAGGGGUUGAAAAUGCUGUGCAUACUGAAGAGGGUGCUGAUGUAGGCAGCACAGAGGACACCCAGAAGACAAAGAUGAGUGCCACCGGACUGGAGGAGGAGUCAACCUUAGAUGAGGGUCUAGGAGCCACACUUUCUAUGCUACGGCAACGUGGUCUUGUCCAGGAAUCGGAGGCUGCCGACCUUAAUUCUCUACAUCGUGAUCGUCAAAAGUUUCUUCAAGAGAAAUACCGCCGCGAGUCCGAAGCAGAGAAACGGGCCAGACUCCAGCGUGAACGUGAUCGUACCACUGGUAAAUUGGAACGCAUGUCUGCCCGAGAACGUGAGGAAUACGCACAGUAUGAAAACAAGCAACGCGACCAGCAAGAGUCACGACACAUGGCAGAUGUCUUUAACCGAGAAUACAAGCCGGAUGUACAACUCAAAUAUGUGGAUGAGCAUGGUCGCCUGAUGAACCAGAAGGAGGCGUUCAAACAUCUCAGUCAUCAAUUCCACGGCAAGGGCAGCGGAAAGAUGAAGACUGAGAAACACCUUAAAAAGAUUGAGGAAGAGAAGAAACGCGAGGCUAUGGGUGCUCUGGAGAGCAGCCAGCAUACCGGCAUGAACAGCGCAAUGGGUGCUACGGCUAAGAAGAACCGCCAGGCUGGUGUUCGUCUUGCUUGA